GGAAGGGGGCUGUAAUGAAACUACAAAUAUUUGAAAUUAGGUGUCUAAUAAAAAUCCAAAUGCCCCAAAAAAGUCCACUGGACUUGGUUCAGCCCUACGGCUUACAGGAAGUUGUAGCUACCAUGGUUAGCUGCUUUGUUGUAGGUUCCUUGUAGGUUUCCUGCAGCUUUUAGCUUAAGUGUUGCAAUGGAACCGAGCUGGAGUACGUUUUUAUUCCAACAGUCCAAUGAGGCUCUACAUCACCAGCACCAAGUAGCCGGAAACAGCCUCUUGCCUUUGCUCAGUUCUGGAACAGAGCCGCCUGAUCAGAAACCAGUGCUGCCCAUUCCCUUGGACCAGAAACCCCCUGUCAGUGCUGCAGAACUUCUUAAAGACAAUGUGGCUAGUGGGACUGGGGGAGGUGGAGGGCCUCCAGUUGCCAUAGUCAAAAAGGAGCCCAAAUCAAAGACCCCCUUUAUCUGUGGCUACUGCAACAAGGCUUUCCGGGACAGCUACCACCUCCGACGGCACGAGUCCUGCCAUACUGGUAUUAAGAUGGUUUCGCGGCCUAAGAAGACACAACCCGCCCCCACCAUGGUGCCACUCAUAUCCACUGUACCACGUGAGAAUCGCGGAACUCCUUCAUACAUUACUACAGUUGCUGGUAUCCUGACUACAGCCACAACAUCAACAUCCUCAGGCACCAGCAUCAUGACCCCAAUGCAACACCAACAGAGCAUCCCUAAGAAGCCACCCAAACCAGUGAAAAAGAAUCAUGGUUGCGACAUGUGUGGUAAGGCCUUCAGAGAUGUGUACCACCUCAACCGCCACAAGCUGUCACACUCUGAUGAGAAGCCGUUUGAGUGCCCCAUCUGCCAGCAGAGAUUCAAGAGGAAGGAUCGCAUGACAUACCAUGUCCGCUCCCAUGAUGGUGGAGUUCACAAGCCUUACAUUUGCUCUGUCUGUGGCAAAGGCUUCUCCAGACCCGAUCACCUAAGCUGUCAUGUCAAGCAUGUCCAUUCCUCAGAGAGGCCAUUUAAGUGCCAAGUAACGGCCUGUACCUCCGCCUUUGCUACCAAAGACCGCCUUCGCUCCCACAUGAUCAGGCAUGAAGGCAAAGUGACCUGCAACAUCUGUGGCAAAAUGCUAAGCGCUGCCUACAUCACAAGUCAUCUCAAGACGCAUGGUCAGGCCAGCUUCAGCAACCCAUGUAACAAUAAAGGCAUAAGUGACUGGCAGUGGAACCACUCAGGGCCACGAAAAGGUGAGUUGACUGUAGGAGAGAUUUUAAAUAACUCCUUCCAAGUCCUAAUUGACAACUCUCACAAAGAUGCCAACAAUGUGCACAGCAACUCAGCCACUACGACGCCUGUCACAAACUCUGCCGCCAUAACCUCGGCUGUGAACCGCGGUGGCAUUGCCAGCAAUCCUGUCACCAUCGCUGCUCAGAUGAACAUCGCCACCAGCACGGUCAAUAUAACUUCACCGAUCAACCUGCAGCACCCUGUCACCAUCACUGGCCCUGUGAACCUGGCUUCCGUCAACAUCCCUACAACGGCACAUAUGAAUAUCGCCCACCCAGUGGCUAUCACCACUCCCAUGCCCAUGAAUAUCACCGGGCCACUCAAUAUUGCCAUGAGGUCCAUGGAGAGCAUGCCUUUUCUAUCCCAAGUUCUGCCUUCCUCCCCUCCUUGGUAGAACUUUUUUUUUUUUUUUUUGCCUAUUCAAGAGCCGAUAAUGUUUUAACUGCCUAAUAAUGUAUGAGUCUGUCAUAUCUUAGUAAAAGGGCCUUUUGAUGGGUUGAUAGUGUAUUAUACCUGAAACGGUGAACUUAUUCAACAACAAAGAUAGUAACCAAUGAAUGCUACUUGCAUGAGUGAUUUACCACAAAUAAUUUAAUUUUGAAGUUUAUUUGUAUUUAUAGAACAAAAAUAUUCCAAAUACCAUUAGUCAUGAUGAAAACAAUUGUUUGCUUAACGUCCAGUUACAGAGUAUUAGCCUAAAUAGCAUGUGAGAUAAAGUUUGCUGUCCUCCACAGCAGAAUCUGUCAGAUGACUUGUCUAUUUUAGGGAUGGGCAACAUGGAUACCCUCGUCUAUCAUAGCAUGUUUUUUGUUAUUAUUUUAGAUGUUGUAAUAUAGGACAUUACUAGAAAUAUAUUAGAAAUGUUUUAUUGAUACUAUAUCAGAGAAUCUGUUUUGGCAAACCCGGUUAAUUGUCUGACAAAUUAAAGUACUUCAUCACAUUGAUGCAAAUAAUAUUGUAAAUCAAAUAUUACCAUAACCUACAUGGAUUUGCAACAUUACCCACACUGGCCUAACACACCAAAAUGGAGAGAUCAGUGUAAACAAUAAGGCAAGAUUUCCACGGACAUUAACUUGUUACCAUCUUGAUCUAUACAGUAUAUCAUCAUAUUGAUCAAACCUAAUGCAUGGUGUUUCUCCCGGCUGUAUAGUUAAGUAUAGUACAGCUUUUGAUAAAUCUUUUUCAUUCCUACUAGUAAGGUUUCUGAGGGCCAUGUUAGUCUCAAAUAUUAACCGAUAAAGUAGUCUGACAAAAAAAAAAAAUCGUAACAUAAUUUACCUUACAAAUUUUUCUCAUAGUUAUCAACCACAUGUCAUAGUCUUCAUCAGUUGCACAGCUGUCAUUGUGUGAUCAGAGUAUGGGACUUUUUUAUGGGGUAAUAUAAUCACUGUGUCUGUUCAAAGGUGGUCUUUAGUGCCGGAUGUGAAUAGCAUCCAGUCUCCAUCUACUGAUCAAGACCAUGAUGUAUAGUUGAAAGCUCUGAAAAAGCUAGCAGAUGGUCCUAAAGUUCAGAUUAUUUACCAGACUAUCUCCAAGGUGAAGAAUGAACUUUCACGCUUGAAUAAUCUAUAUUUGUUACCUCCACGGCCCGAUUUACCUGAAUGUCAUCACAGGCUACGGAACACUUCAGAUAAUUUCUUGAUGAUGCGGUUGGAGGUAGAUUUUUUGAAUUAUGAUGUUUUGUGCAGAUAGAUAAUAUUCUCUGUAAAUAAUGACCAUUUUAUGACAAAGAUUUUUUAGUGAUUUCUCCCAAAUGCUAUAUUUUAAAAGAUAGCAUUUAAAACAUCAUAGAACACUUAAUUCUCCUUUUUUUUUUAGAACAAAGUUAUAAAACUGGCACCUCAGGUGGGGCUGUCGGACCCCUGUCUGACUGAUCUUUCGUUAGAGGCCAACAAUACCCCUUACACAAUUGCAAUGUUUCAUUUUGCAUUAUUUAAAUAUGUGAUAAUGUGUAUAUAAUUAUUUGCAUUACUGGCAGUUCAUCACAUUAACAGGUUUCAUUACACUUUCAAACCAAAUGACGAUUUUAUUUCACUUUGGUUUAAAAUUAUUGGGCAGUUAUUACAAUAUCAGCUGCUAGAUUGUCUCCCUUUUAUUUAUCCCUUGUCUACGGCUUUUUAAACUUGUGUAGUUUUUUACAAUGACAAAUAGUUGAGGUUGAGCCCUGUUAUUGCAGCAGUUUUGGCAUUAAACUUAUACGCUGUAAAGAGGCAAACCUUUUUCCAGGAUUCUUUCAAGGUGACUACUUAGAGGAUAUCUUUAAGUAGGCAUCUGGCUUUAAACGUGGGAGAUAGGUGAUACCUUGCUAUACCUUAGGCUUUUUUUUAUAAGCUCCUUAAAUGAAAGCGUAUUGCUGGAGUUGUUGUUGAAUGCUUCCUCUUAAGGCAAAUUUUGUUUCAUGUUUUAUUUUCCUGUUAUUUUAGUGGAAUUAUCAGUAUUUGAUAGUUCAUGUUUUUAAAAGUGCAGUUCCCAAAAAAAAAAAAACUUCCAUUUCGGGGUGAGUGAGAUUGUGAAUUUCACCAAUGGUGCAGAGAUGCUGUUUCGAUCCAUCAACCCCCUUUCCUUUAGAAAUGUAUCUGUGACAUCUGUUUUGAGGAAUUUUGUAUGUAUUUAUAUCAGGACAUUACCGCAAACAGACAAUGACUUGUACUAAAAGCAUGUCACUUACAAUUUGCCCUAAAAUUACAGUAUUAUUGAGGGUCAAAUAAUUUUAAAUUUUGAUUACUGAAGACUUAACUAUAGAGGUCAAUAGAGCUACCCAGUGGCUCGUGAGACUGCACUACAAAAAAGUACCAAAUUUUAAGCCUCUGAACACCCACACGGGUGUUUUCAGUUUUUCUAGCUGAUUAGACUCUCCAGGUUUUCAGUGGACCGACGCUUGAUGGGAACUUAUUGGGUCACAAAUUCUUUCUACCUAUAAGGAUGACAAAGGGGUCAUUUGGCCUGCCCUAACAGGUGCAGCAACAACAACAGUGGACUCAGGAAGAUGUCAAUCACUCAGUCUAUCCACACCCACACAGUCCUGGAAAAGGUCCAAUCAGCUACAUUACCUAUAAAUACCUGUAUAGGUGUUCAGAACCUUUAGCUUGUGGUAUAUUCAGUUGGUUAGAUUGUUUACUUUAGCAGGUAUAGAAUCCCAUUACUGUCAAUCAAACUCAGGAAGGUUACUGAGAAUAGUCUUUUACCAUGUUCAACAAUUUACACACUGACCAUUUUUUGUAAAUAUGAAACACUAAAUAUAUUGCCUUUACCUGUGGGAGAGGGAGCAUCUCUCUUCUUACCAUAGGCCAGCAAUGCAAGAACUAUAUUACCGCUGAUGUGGCCAUUCAUUCUGCUGAAGAAAGAAAAUGAGCCGAGACUAAUUGAAGGAUAAGCCUGGUGUCAUUUUCGCAUAAUCAGGAUAAAUCCUAAUAAAAUGCCAAAAAACACAAUUUUAUUCUACCAACAAGUAUCAUCUGUGUAGCUACAACUUGACUUCACAAUUUAUACCUCCAAUCCAAUAAAACUCCAUUGUUGACCAAAUAUUUUUGCAAACACAUUAAGGGCCAUUAAGGCGUUGAAUGGGUUACCAUGCUUCAUUGACACAAACAAUUAUUCCCCUCAGAUUGUCAAUCUGCCGGUGCAUGGCAUCCUUCCCACAUGGUGCUACUCUGAGACAAAGUGAAGCCCCAAGAUUAUUUGAAUAUUAACACCAUGUUAUUUUCAUUGAAUGAGUAUGUCAGCAGUGCAGCAGUAUGGUUCUUAUUUGUAUUUUAUUAGUUUUUAGCAAAUAGGGUUCUGUGGCACAGUGUUAGCAAUAUCAGUCUGUAGCUACACAGAUCAAACCAAACAGGAUGACUCACUGUUAGUUGUGAUUUCUUCAUGAAAAUGAUCAAUUAUUAUAAAGAGACAGAACUCCCGCUUUAUCCUUUUUAAGCCGAAUUUUUGCGGUAGAUCACACUUGCAUAGCUCAGUGUUUUAAGUUAUUGUUGUUGUUUUUCUGGGUAUUCAUCUUUACUGAAAAAUUGAGGCUGUGAUCACAAAGGAGGCUUUAUAUCUUGCUCAAAUCAGGUGUACUAGUUGUAUUCCACAAUAGUCUUAUAGGGAUGUGGCCCAAAUAAAUACAUUGAUUCAUUGUACCUGUCCGUUCAUUUUCAGCUGACAUAAAUGACGAUGGACACCUAAAUGCCAGAACAGACCUUAACAUCGUAGCAGAUGAUAGUCUUCCUUUCAGGCCUAAACCCAAAGAGGACCAGAUACUUUAACCAUUGCUUGAUCAUUUUCUCGUUCAGAUUUGUUUCUGUUCAGUAGUUUGAGAUGAUCUUGAAUGCAGUAUCAGUAGAAAGGACCACCUACCUUCAUUUACAUGGUCAGUUUUACCAUUGAAAUUCUGAAGGUAUGUCACUAUAUUUACACUACAUGUGUGAUAGCUGAACAGGCAUCUGUAUUUUGGAUUGCUGUGCAAUAUUUUCAGUAUGCUUCUAACAAAGGUUGAAGGUUGUUGCAUCUCAUCAACCAUGUCUAAAGACAGUGUUUCUUCCUGAUCUGAAAGGCCAUAGAUCUAAGUCCAGAAUUCCAACUUAAUAGUUUCAAGACAUGUGGUUGUUUAAAUUAAACUUAAAUAAGUUAAUAACUUAAAUUAACAUGUCAAGUCUCUUAUAUGAUCUUGGCCUCAACAGGCAGGCUCACAUAAUGUCCUACAGUUCCCUGGCGGAGUUUGUCUUUAACAUGAGUGAAUUAGUUUGUUGAGGCCUGUUUGUAGUUGCAGCUCUUUUUCAGUGCAGGAACUCUGAAACACUUGCAGAAAUGUAGGAUGUGUACACUACAGAAGAGUGGUACUUAGGGGCCCCUGAAUUUCAUUGUAUGCAUGCAAACCCUGUCCAUCAAAGGAAAUACUCUAGUGUGGAAUGGCAUCAUGAAUUUUCAUUUUAUUUUAAAUCUUUAUUUGAUUUGAGUGUUUUCAGUGUUGGAUGUGUAUGGAUGAGCUUGUCCAGUGUAGGUUUGAGUUCAACAACUAUUAUUAGAGGGCUAGUGAUUUUUUAUGAAAACAAAACACUAAAAAAUUAGGAUGAAAGGAAGUGUGUGUAGUGUCAUUUGUCCUUCUCCAUUGGCCGUGAACAAGUGUGCCUGAAAUACUUUGCAAGACUUUUCCACACGUUAAUGCUUCCUCUUCUAGCUGUGCUGUGUGAUGGAAUGGUUUUGUGAGGAAAGCCUUCAUCAGUUCAGACGGCCAAGGCCCCGACAGGUCUGGCAACCAAAAUAUGCUGUAAAAAGCUUUUUUUAUUUUUUGAACCUAAUGAUUGUGAAGUUAUUCUACUUCAAGAACAACAUUAAAACAUGAAUUGAGAUCUUUACUUGGGUCAAGGUCAUGUAAAUAUAUCAGUGACAUUUAACCAUGUGGUUUAUUUUUUUAAUUAGACUCCAAACUAAUGUGAAAAAACAUUUGGCCAAAUGAUGGUGAUGAAUUUGGAGAUGUGAAGGCAAAUGAAUGUAUAUCUUUGUAGAACAUAAUUUAGUUCAGAGGACAUGUUAGUUAUGACAGACACAUGCAAGAAAAAAAAAACUUUUAUAAAUCUUUUUGUAUUAGAACAUUAACAUGAUAAUUUUGUAUAUAAAAAAGGCUAGGCUUUCUGAUUAGCAGAAAGGUAAAACAUUCCUACAUUUUUUUAAAUGUAUGUCCAUUGAGAAUAAUUAUGUGCAAUGUUUUAUGUGCCUUUUAUUUGGGUUUGUCUAAAUAAAAGAAAACAUUAAAACAUGAUUCUGGACUGUCCAUAAUGAAUCCCACAGAAGGAAAGCCAAAAAUGUUUUAGCUCAGAUUAACCUCUGGACCGGCCCCCCUGCACUCAAGACACUUGAGAGUUGCACACUUCCUGUUUACUGUUUUUUCUAGCUUUCAUUGCGGUUUCUGGGAGACUGAAUGGUUGGUGAAGUUCUGUUUUUUUAUGGAUGUUUCUGAUCUCCAGAUUUCUCAGUGUCUUUACAGGCAGCCUGCUUAUCAUGAAAGUGCCUCUGUGACUUUGCUUAUUAGAGGGGAUUGUGGGGGAUUUUGUGCCAAAUAUGUGACGAGAAAAACAUUUCAGUGUUUUUUUAUUCUUUAACUAUUAAACUUGGAAAAUGUGA